AAGACUUAACGAGCUCUCCACUACUCCAAACAAACUGAGAAUGUAAGCUGAGUUUUUCUAUUUCAAACUUGCGCACGCAUAUUUAUAUGUUUGUGUUUUGGCUAUCUUGUGUGUGAAAUAUCAAAAACAAAAGGGCAAGCAAGGAUCAUGAAGAGCAAGUCCAAUUUUCUUGGUGUGAGACAAAGGCCUUCUGGGAAAUGGGCAGCAGAGAUCAAAGACACAUCUAGGAAGAUCAGAUUAUGGCUUGGGACUUAUCAAACCGCGGAAGAAGCUGCUCGAGCUUACGAUGAGGCUGCUUGCUUCCUCAGAGGUUCAAACACUCGCACCAACUUCUCCACUCAUGGCAUUGCUGCCAAUUCUCCUAUAUCUCUAAAACUCAGAAAACUACUUGAUCGUAAAGCCAUCUCAAACCAAAUUCGAAACCAUAACAUUAUGAUUAAUCCUACUUUCCAAGUUGCUGAUUCUGUUGCAGCUAGUCCAAAUGGCAUCAUGGUCAUGGAAGACAAUAAUUCUGCAUGUACUAGUGGUGAGAAUUUGUCUUUGUUUACGGUUCAGAACCAAGUCUCUGAUAAUCCAUAUGGGUUAGAUAUGAAUGUGAUCAACUGCUCAAUGUCUGUCGCACCAAAUACAUCCCAUUUUGAUUGCUAUUGGCCAUUACCCCAACAGAGGAUUAACGAGUUACCAAUACCGAAAUAUGAUUUGGAUGUAGAACGACACUUGUCAACCUCGGUUUAUGGCAUGAAUGAGUGCUACUUGGAGGAUGCAUAUGAAUCUAAGUAUGAAUAUGAUGUCAAUUAUCCUCUCUCCAGUUUGUUGAACUUCACUUGAUGUCCAUCUUCUUAUCCCUUUGUGAUACACAUAAUGAAAGGAGUUCUGAGAAACCAUUCAUGGUUUGUACUUGGUUGUGCCUUAGUGUGCGCCGCAAUUUGUAUACCAUAUUUUUACAUGAUUUUUCUUUACACCGAUUGGUCCUUCUCCAUGACUCAUUAGUGCAAGAUUCAUUUUAUUUAGGGAUCAAUCAUGUAUAUAAUACACGUAUGGAAGGUAGGUAUAACAAAACAAAAGAUACUCAUGAUGUGCAUUGAUUAGUGUUGUAACUCGAUUAUUCAUAUUGUCCUAUUUUCUUGAGUGAUUUGUUGAUUUGGAGAAUUUUACAUAACUAA